AACAGAGAGACAGACUAGCCAGACAGCCAUGACUCAGCAAGAAGCAGUAGGCGGUCACAAGCUAACUAUAAAAGCAGCUCCACAGUUCUCUCCUGCGCUUCGAGCUUUCCACUCAAGACCCCAACGCGAACUUCACCUCUACCAUCCAGCCUAAUACUUCCAGACAAUGGCUCCCUACACCAUCACUUACUUCGCUGUGAGAGGGCGAUGUGGUGCGACGCGGAUCAUGCUGGCUGAUCAGGGGCAGGAGUGGAAGGAGAUUGUUGUGUCCUUCGAGGACUGGAUGAAGGGAGACCUGAAGAAAACCUGCGUCUUUGGUCAGCUGCCCAAAUUUGAGGAUGGUGGCCUGACUUUGUUUCAGUCCAAUACCUUCUUGAGGCAUCUGGGUCGCAAACACGGGGCUUACGGAAAGAAUGACUGUGAAGCUGCUCAGAUCGACAUGUUCAACGAUGGAGUUGAAGAUCUUCGCACCAAAUACUUGAAUAUGAUCUACCAGGAAUAUGAGACUGGAAAAGACGCAUACAUCAAGGACCUGCCCAACCACCUGUGCAAGUUUGAGGCUGUUCUGGCCAAGAACAAAAGUGGCUUCCUCGUUGGAGACUCGAUCUCCUUCGCAGACUACAGCCUGUUUGAGGUGUUGCUGAACCACCUGGUGCUGAGCCCCACUUGCCUGGACUCUCUCCCUGCUCUUAAGAGCUUCGUGGAUACACUGUCCGCCCGUCCCAAGAUCAAGGCUUUCCUGGACUCUGAGGACUACAAGAAACUUCCCAUCAACGGCAACGGCAAGCAGUGAUUCUGCUGCAGCAGCUAAAGGGAUGUGCACUAUCCGCUCUGAAGCCAUUAAACCUAACCGUCCCUCAAAUAUGACUUUCAUAUUGAUUAGUGAAGCAUUCCACUCAGUGGGUAUUUUUUUCUUUUUUUUUUCUUUUUGUAAGGUUUAAACACGGUUUGAUAUUAUUUUGGACUAAGAUGUAAGACUUGUGUAUGUAAAAAAAAAAAUAAAAAAUAAAAAGACAAUGUAA